AUGUCUACGUCCAUCGAGAAUCUUAAGACCUUCGAUCCUUUCGCCGAUACUGGUGACGACGACAGUCAGCCGACCAACUACAUCCACAUCCGGAUCCAGCAGCGUAACGGCCGCAAGACCCUCACUACCGUCCAGGGACUCCCGCAGGAAUAUGACCCCAAGCGUAUUUUGAGAGCGCUCAAGAAGGAUUUUGCCUGCAAUGGUACCAUCGUCAAGGAUGAAGAGCUAGGCGACGUUAUCCAGCUCCAAGGUGACCAGCGUGUCAAGGUGAUGGAGUUUCUCUCCUCCCAGCUCAAUAUCUUGAAGAAGAACAUCAAGAUCCACGGUUUCUAA